GCCAGUUGCCACUAGAAUUCCCUUGUGCCAGUCCAUCCUAAACAACGUUAAUCUAAUGUUUGUGCCUCUUGUUGCCCAGCCCAUCCGCCUGCUGAUGGAGUACACCGGCACCAGCUAUGAGGAAAAGCUUUACUCCUGUGGUGAAGCUCCCAACUACGACAAGAGCACUUGGAUUAAUGAUAAAGCCAAGCUUGAGAUGGACUUCCCAAAUCUGCCUUAUCUGGAAGAUGGAGAUCGAAAGAUCUCACAAAGCAAUGCCAUUAUGAGAUACAUUGCACGUAAACACAAUCUGUGUGGAGAAACUGAAGAUGAAAAGGUGAGAGUGGACAUCCUUGAAAACCAGGCAAUGGACUUCAGAAAUGGCUUUGUGAUAUUGUGCUACAUGGAUUAUGAUUCUAAGAAGGAUGCAUAUAUUGAGAAGUUGCCAAAUGUACUGGGUCAGUUCUCAAAGUUUUUGGGUAACAGGAAAUGGUUUGCAGGUGAAAAGAUCACUUUUGUGGACUUCAUCAUGUAUGAGCUUCUGGAUCAGCACCGCAUGUUCCACCCAUCCUCUCUGAACAACAUAAAAAAUCUCACAGAUUUCCUGGAGCGAUUUGAGGCAUUAGAUAAGAUCAAAGCCUACAUGAAGUCUGAUCGUUUCAUCAAGACCCCCGUCAACAACAAAAUGGCCAAAUGGGGAAACAAAAAGGAGUAACUGAUCCCAGCAACAACAAAAAAAUUAGUUCAUCAUUUCAGACUGAACUAGAGUGAGUAGUUUGUUUUGUUAAUGCCUUCACAAAACAUCGGCCUUUUGUAGUUAAAAGCACUCAGAAGUUGAGUUGGAUCAAAAUUAUGUUGAAAGACCAAGUUUGUAAGGAUUUUGUAAUUUGAAGCACUUAAUUUGUACUGCAUACAAAACAUUUGUGAAUAAAAAAAAAUUAAAAAAAGUA